GGAAUCAGAAGACAAAUUUGGUUCUUCUCUCUCUAUUCCUCUCCUCCUUUAUAUGCACAUCUGAACGCUUGCUUUCUAGAGAACUGUGACAGUUUAUCUUUCACCAAUCUUCUUCUUCAAUUCGCCCUGCAUCUCUCCAGAACCAUCCAUGGGCUCUCCAUCUCAAGCAAGUCUUCUUCUCCAGAAACAGCUCAAAGAUCUCUGCAAAAACCCUGUUGACGGAUUCUCGGCGGGUCUUGUUAAUGAAAGUAAUCUAUUUGAAUGGAGUGUCACCGUUAUCGGGCCCCCCGAUACAUUAUAUGAGGGUGGUUUCUUUAAUGCUAUAAUGACCUUCCCACAAAAUUAUCCAAACAGCCCUCCAACGGUCAGGUUUACAUCAGAGGUUUGGCAUCCGAAUGUUUACCCUAAUGGGAAGGUUUGUAUUUCAAUUCUUCAUCCCCCUGGUGAUGAUCCUAACGGGUACGAGCUUGCAAGCGAGCGCUGGACACCUGUUCAUACGGUGGAGAGCAUAGUGUUGAGCAUUAUAUCGAUGCUUUCAAGCCCUAAUGAUGAAUCUCCUGCAAAUGUUGAAGCUGCGAAGGAAUGGAGGGAUAGAAGAGACGACUUCAGGAAGAAAGUGGGGAGAUGUGUCAGGAAAUCCCAAGAAUCCAUCUAAAAUUGAAUUCCAUUUGUCAUUUUUCUUUUUCUUUUAUAAUUCUGGUUUUCAAUUCCUCUUAAUUGUUGUCUGUUGCUUCUGAAAUGAAAUGAAAAUGGUUGGUUUGGAAUGAA